AUAGUUUUCGGAUAAACUGUCAGAAUGUAAACUGGGGAUGAAUUUUUAAGCAGUCGUUCAGAAAGAAAGCGUUUAUUAAAAGACGUUUGGAUAAACAUAUACUGAGAUGCAACUAGGCAUUAGCACCAAAACAUCACAAAGAGACGUUUUGAGAACCUUGAGUACAGUAGCAAAACUCAAUAGCUGUAAUCAAGCAAAUCAGGAGAAGGUAGUCUCACUUUUAGUAAUUUCCAUUAUUUUAACAUCUCUCUGUAUGUAUAUUGAAUAUUCAAGAAGAAAAGAAAGGACCUUUGACAUAGCCGGGAAUUAGAAAACAUUUACAUUGUGGCAUCAUUGGUAGCAGCUUAAUAUACCCAGCUUGAAAAUAAUCCUGGUUGUUCAGUAAAGUAAUUUAUUUCAUAAUCCAAAUAGUGAGUAAUGUGUGGCUGAAUUUGAUAAAGUCAAAGGAAAUCCUAUGGCAUUGUGACAAGAGGUGAAUUCCAGAGAAGGGAAAUAGCUAACAAUCAAAGCAAUCUUGCUUACAUGCCGGUCAGAUUCCAGGAAUUAAAACCAAAACAAAACCCAGGCUGUGUACAGUUCCUGUUGCACCUUUUAUCCUGCUAAGAACAGGGCCUGAAAGCUAUUGUGUGUGUGUGUGUGUGUUUCCUUUUCUUGAAUAAUUUUACCUUUUUCAGCUUGUCUAGUUUAUACAUGGGUAUAAAUGUUUGCAUAUAAAAGGUAUAUGACAAGUUUUUUUCUAUUUCCUAAAAUUAAUGUUGUUGGCAUACAGAAGUCCGAGGAGUCUCUCUUUCAAGGCCCAGUACUAUAUGACCUGAUGAAAGCUGAUUACAGUCAUCAUUAAAUCAAAAUGUCGUCAUUAUCACAAGCAUCAUUAUGUUUACCUGUACAUGACUGUAUGGCUCCUUCCUUGGACUUUGAUCUUCAGGAAAAGUUUGUUCUUCACAAUGUUGAGGGAAAAACAUGUGUACCACCUGAAGAAACAGGAAAACUCUGUUCACAGAUUCAGCCAGAUAAAAAGGAUUGUCACAGAACUACAACAGCCAUCCAAGACGGGAAGUAUUUUACUGAUCUGAGCAAAGAAUCUGACAGUUUAGGACACCAAUUAAACAGUAAAAGCAUUGACACUUGGAUGCAGGAGCUAAGUGAAAGUGAAAUUCAGAAUACUAAUCUCAGGAAAAAAAUACUUGAAAGGGAGAAACAGAUUAAAGAACUUUCAUCCAUGCUCCAGUGUGAAAAAAUCAAGAUACAGAAAAGGAACCGCUUGUCAGGAUCAGUAAAGGAAGUACAAGCUCACCUGCAGCGUCAGAUUGAAAGAAAAGAAGCAGAAAAUUAUGAAUUAAAAGUGAAAAUACAGACUCUACAAAAUAAAAUAGCAGAGUGGAAACAUCAAAUUGGUGAAUACAAGUGCCAGAAGUUAGCCUUAAAGGAGACAAGUGAGCAAAAGAAGAUAGCUCUGGAAAAAGCAAUAAGGUCCCAGAAACGAAGAGCUCAGAGCUUAGAAGAAGCUGUGAAAGACAUAACCUCUAAAAUAAAAGAACAUGAAGUCAAACUGGGUAAGAUACUGUCAGCCUCUGAUGUCUGGAAAAACCAGCACGAUAGAAUAGUUGAAGAAAAGACAAUGUUAGAAGUUCAAAUAGAAGAUCUUGAGAAUCAGAUCAGAGGCCUGAUGGAAAAUGUGGAAAGAAGGGAGGAAUGGAGAAGAAGCUCAGAAGAGGAAAUUCUUGAAAAGCUAAAUGCCGUUAACUCUGAAAAUGAAAAGAUUUACCUUGAAAACAAAAAAUUAAAGGCUUCCCUUGCUGCACUGGAGAAAAGUACAGUGGCUGUUGAAUAUGAGUUGCUUCAUCUGCAAGAAAAAGCAAAGCUGCAGGAAAACCUUGUAGAACAGCAUAAAAAUGAGGUACAAAAAAGACAAAUUGCUGUGAAAGAAUUGAAAUCCAGAUAUAAAACAGUCUUAAAUGAAAACAGAAAAAUAACAGAAAACAAAUUCUUAGAAGCAGAUAAGGUGAGGCACAAAACGGAGGCUGAGUUAAAGGAGUUAGAACAUGUUUGUGACUUGCUGAAAGCAGCUGAGGAGAACCAGCAAAAGCUUCUGGCUUGGGAAAGGAUCCGUGUGCAGAAAUGCAAAACCCUCAGGGAGCUGGAGCUUCAGCCUCAAAAUGAAUUUUCCUGGACUCUUUUUUUCUCUGACAUCAAUUUCUAUGGCAGGGACAACCAUAGUGUAACUUCUGUGGGCAAUCUUUGCUUAGACGGAGAGAUCUGUAACAUUCAGAAGAAGUAUGAAGAUCUUCAAAGGCAAUUAGAACAGGUGGAAUAUCAGAAUGAAGAACUUGCUUACCAGGUCAGGAAAGAAGAUGAGAGUCUUCAGAGCAGCAAAUUGCAGCUUGAAGAGAAAAUUGCAGAAUAUAAUGCAUUGACCAGACAACUUGAAUCUGCUUUGGAAGAAGGGAGAAAAAUGGUAGCUGAAGAAUGGGAAAAAAUGUCAUACAAAGAACAAGCCUUUCAGACAAAACUGCUGCUUCUUGAAGCUGAAGUGAGAAAGAGGCAAGAAGAAAAAAAACAACUCCUCUGCUUAUUUCACCAUAAUGAAAAGCACCAUGAAGUACAUUUGAAAGAGCUGGAGAACAGCCUACAGAAGAAAACAUCUGUUGUGGGCAGGAGAAACAGGUCAGCCAUGGCUGUGUGUCCUGUUGGCUGGGCACACGUGGGGAAUGGAGCUGAUGUUCCUGACAGAAACCAUUGUGUUGUCCAUGGCACAGCAUGCAAAGGCCAGUGCAUGACAGCAGCAGCAGGAAGGAAGAAGAACAGGAAGAAUAGGAAGCCUUCAAUGGUGGCUCAUGAGACUUGCCCUACUAAAUCUGCAGCAGAUGAGUGGCAUGGAGGUGCAUUAAGGAAAGCUCUCCUUUUCAUUGCAACAUGUAUAGCUGUGGGUGUCGCACAAGUAUCCAAACAAGCAAUAGAUGUUCUUCAUCAACUAGGCCUUGUGAAAGAUGUUCAAGAGCCUUCAGAGACAGCAGUGCCCUCAACAUCCUCUCUGUUACCUCAGGGUGUUCGUCUGACUGCAUCAGGAGUGGUGCUAAGCAAUGAUGCACAUAUCGAGUCCCACGUCCCUCAAGUCAUCCCGUCAAACCUAGGGCGUCAGUUCACCUUAUUGGUUGGGUUGUACUCUUACAGAGCCAGUGAUGCUUUUCUUUUCAGCGUUAGGAACAAGAGCAGGCUGCAGUUUGGUGUGCAGCUGCUGCCGAGGAAGGUAGCGGUGUACACCGGAGGGAAGCAGCCCGUGUACUUUGAUUAUUGUGUUCAUAAUGAGCAGUGGCACUCAUUUGCCAUUGGCAUUGGGGACAAGACUGUCUCGCUGUUUGCUGAGUGUGGGAACAAGCACUACAGCAGUGAAGUACUUUCUGAAGUGGAGACAUUUGACUCAGAGGGUGUAUUUACCCUGGGAAGGAUGAGCUCUCACUCUGUCAGCUUUGAAGGAGUUAUAUGUCAGCUCGAUAUUAUUCCCUCUGCAGAAGCCUCUGCAAACUACUGUCGGUAUGUGAAGCAGCAGUGUCGCCAGGCUGAAACAUAUCGAUCGCUGCCUGGGGCUCCGCUUCUGCCAGAGGGGCUGGAUGCUUUUGCAAUGAUCAUUGAUGAGGAAAACCAGGAAGAUAUAUCAGCUUAUAGAUGGAAAGAGGUAUCAAACAUGCCUGUUACCAACGUUGCUCAGAUUCGCUUUUUACCAGACCACUUUGAGUUAAGAAAUGCCUCUGUAUGGGAGUUUGCAGAGAACAAACCUCUGUUGCUGGAAGCUUUGCCUCAAACAGAACUUCAGGAGAAUAUCGACCUGGCUCUUCAGCAGCAGGAGAUGAGCAGAAAAAGAAACAUCACUAAAACCCCUGCAGGAUCAUAUCCAAAUAGUUCAGCUAAUACCACAGGAGAUGGAGGCAGACGUAGUGAGCCUUCUCUGAUCUCCCCUGUAAAACAGAGUAAAACUAAAAGCAAGAGAAUGGAAAAAGCAAAACAGCAUUUGGAUGUACUAAACAAAAGGCAGCAAACCUUCAGCACAACCCCGUACAAUUUGCCUGCUGAGCUCCCUCUGGAUAAUCAACUCCAUCCGGGGCAGGAAGGUGCAUUAGAUGCUGAAGAGACUUACCAUACAGAAAACACUUAUGCAAAUGGUAUUGAUAAUUAUGCUUAUGACUAUGAAGAUCUUGGCAAAAUGUUUGAAAGGGGAAGUGUCAGAGGUCCAAAGGGGGAAACUGGACCUCCUGGUCCUCCAGGUCCUCCAGGUUUACCUGGUCCUUCAGGGAAGAGAGGUCCUCGGGGUAUUCCAGGACCACAUGGGAACCCAGGUCUGCCAGGAUUGCCAGGUCCCAAGGGCCCUAAAGGAGACCCAGGAUUCUCUCCAGGACGAGCAAAAUGUGGAGAAAAGGGUGAUCGAGGUCCCAUGGGCUCUCCAGGCCCACCUGGGACCAAAGGCCAGAAGGGUCUUAAGGGUUACCCAGGACUGCAAGGGCCACGGGGUGAGCAGGGAAUUCCAGGAAUGGCUGGCAGUAUUGGGGCAGUUGGUUACCCUGGCAGGCAGGGCCUAGCUGGACCAGAAGGUAACCCAGGUCCUAAAGGAGUAAGAGGUUUCAUUGGACCUCCAGGUGUGGCAGGACAACCAGGACCUGAAGGAGAAAGGGGUAUCCCAGGCCUCCAUGGAAAAAGAGGUCCUAAAGGGAGACAGGGUUUUCCAGGUGACUUUGGAAAUAGAGGCCCCCCUGGUCCCGAUGGAAGUCCUGGAAUUGUUGGUGGUGUUGGUCCUCCUGGAUUUCCAGGACUAAGAGGAGACAUUGGGCCAGCAGGACCGAGUGGACCAUCAGGAAUUCCAGGGCCCACGGGUUUCCCAGGGAGUGUGGGACAGCCUGGAAUGAAAGGUGAUAAGGGUGAACAUGGCCUUGCAGGAGAGCCAGGAGAUCAGGGGUACCCAGGAGACAAGGGUGCUCUUGGUUUACCAGGACCUCCAGGGAUCAGAGGAAAACCAGGACCCCCAGGGAAAAUUGGAGAACCUGGACCCCGUGGACCAUUGGGUCCUCAAGGACCCGAGGGUUUUCCAGGAGAUAUUGGUGUACCUGGAUUAAAUGGCCCUGAAGGUCCUAAGGGAGCUCUGGGUGACCGAGGGCCUCCAGGGCCACAAGGCCCCAAAGGAGUUGAGGGAGAAGUAGGACCAGCUGGACCCAUUGGGGGAGUCGGCCCAAGAGGAAAACCAGGACAGAAAGGUUAUGUAGGUGAUCCUGGACCAGAAGGUUUAAAGGGAGAACAAGGAGACCAAGGAAACCUUGGAAAAACUGGUGAAGCAGGAUCAGCUGGCUUACCUGGAGAAGCUGGGCCAUCUGGAAACCUGGGUGAAAAGGGAGAGCGAGGCAGCCCAGGACCUGUGGGCCCUCCUGGAGAAAAAGGUGUCAUGGGCUAUCCAGGACCUCCAGGAGGCCCUGGACCUGUGGGGCCAGAAGGACUACCUGGAUCUUCAGGGGCACGAGGACCAUCGGGGCCAGAGGGACCGAAGGGAAGAAGAGGGCCAAGAGGUCUCGAUGGUCCUCCAGGAGAGCUGGGAACAGAAGGUGUUAAGGGAGAAAGAGGUGAUCCAGGAAAGAAAGGAGUUCCUGGGCUCAUUGGUAAAGCUGGAAAUCCAGGAGAAAGAGGAGAUCAGGGUGCACUUGGUUUGCUUGGGCCUCCAGGAGCCACAGGAGACAGAGGACCAAUGGGAGAGCCAGGUCCAAGAGGACAACCAGGGGAUGCUGGCCCUAUUGGAGAAACGGGUUUUGAGGGACCUCCUGGCCCUGAGGGAGAACCUGGUCUGCAGGGGGAACCAGGCACAAAGGGAGACAUUGGACCUGCUGGGAAGGCUGGAGAGCCAGGUGACCAAGGCUUGAGGGGUGAGCCAGGGCCUCCAGGAGAAGACGGUGUUCAAGGAAAAGAUGGCCCAAAGGGAGACCCUGGAGACCAGGGACUUGUUGGAGAAGGCGGUGAGAAAGGAGAGAUGGGAUUACCAGGAAUUGCUGGGCCCCCUGGUGAACCCGGCCUAAUGGGAAUUCCUGGCCCUGAAGGAAUACCAGGAAAUCCAGGUCAGAGGGGCCGUUUAGGAAAGAAGGGGGAAAAGGGGCAGCUUGGCCCUCCAGGAGAAACUGGACCUGCUGGUGAUUCUGGCCAACCUGGAAAAACUGGUCCUAAAGGUGCAAGAGGAACUCGAGGUCCCACGGGACAUCUAGGAGGAAUGGGACCUGAAGGAGAGCCAGGAAUUCCAGGUUAUGGGGGUCACCAGGGUCCUCCAGGGCCCUCAGGGCCCCCAGGCCCCAAAGGAGAAAAGGGUUACCCAGGCGAAGACAAUACAGUCCCUGGAUUACCUGGGCCCAUAGGUGAACCAGGUCAAAGUGGUGAACGUGGAGAUAGAGGAGAGCCUGGUGAUGAGGGCUACAAGGGUCAUACAGGUCUUCCAGGACUUAGAGGACCUAUUGGACAACAAGGACCUCCAGGAGAGCCAGGUGAAUUGGGAGAGCAAGGACUAAAAGGAGAAAGAGGUUCAGAAGGACCCACAGGGAAGAAAGGAGCAACAGGCCAAGCAGGCAAAGCUGGAAUUCCUGGAAAACCAGGGCCACCAGGACAGAAAGGAGUAGUUGGGUACCCUGGACCAGAAGGCAUUCCUGGGAACCCUGGAAAGACUGGGCUGUCAGGAAAGCCUGGCCCCAAGGGCAAUAAAGGAAACUCAGGCUUACCAGGUCUGGCAGGUUAUCCUGGAGCUCGAGGUCCCAAGGGGUUGCCAGGCAUGCCAGGGCCCAUGGGAGCACCUGGACUAAAGGGUGAGAAAGGGCUUCUAGGUCAUCCAGGAAAGCGAGGCAGAAGAGGCCUUCCAGGAUCCCAAGGUGACCAAGGGUCAGCAGGAGACACUGGGCUGAAAGGACAGAUUGGAGAAGAUGGAGAUCAAGGUUUAAUGGGGUUUCAAGGAUUCCCAGGUCCAAAAGGCCCUGCAGGGGACAUUGGCUUAGUUGGAAUUCUGGGCCCGAAAGGUCCAACAGGCCAAGUUGGAUAUAUUGGCCCUGUUGGUCAAGAAGGCAAAGCAGGCCCAGCUGGCAGGCCUGGACCGAGAGGUGAAAAGGGCACGAGGGGUGAAAUGGGGCCUCAGGGACGGCAGGGCCAGCCUGGACCACCUGGACCACCUGGACCACCAGGACCAAGGAAACAAGUGGAUCUCAAUGCUGCUGUUCAAGCUUUGUUUGAGUCAAAUGCUGCCUUGCAGAUGGAGAAAUACCAGAAUACUGAAGUAACUUUACUAGAUCAGAGUACAGAGAUACUCAAAACGCUCCACUACCUUAGCAAUUUACUGCACAGCAUCAAGAACCCUCUUGGCACACGGGAUAACCCAGCACGCAUCUGCAGGGAUUUGCUCCAUUGUGAACCGAAAGUGUCAGACGGAAAAUACUGGAUUGACCCAAAUAUUGGAUGUCCUUCUGAUGCCAUUGAAGUUUUCUGCAACUUCACUGCAGGUGGUCAGACAUGUUUAACACCACUGUCUGUGACGAAGCUGGAGUUCGGUGUUGGAAAAGUGCAGAUGAACUUCCUUCACUUACUGAGCUCAGAAGCAACCCACAGCAUCACAAUCCAUUGUCUGAACACACCGAUGUGGGGAUUAGCCACAGCAGGUGGCCAGAAGACAUCAAUUACCUUUAAGGGAUGGAAUGGUCAAAUAUUUAAAGCAAAUGCGCUACUGGAACCCAAAGUGCUGCUGGAUGAAUGCAUGAUUGUAGAUGGCAGCUGGCAUAAGACACAGUUCUUUUUUCACACUCAGGACACAAAUCAGCUUCCAGUUGUUCAAGUUAAUGCACUUCCUCACCUCAAACCAGGACAGCAGCACUUCAUAGAAAGUGGCUCCGUAUGCUUCCUUUAAGGUUUCUGUCCUGGGUUUCUUGUGGCAUCACCAUGGAGUUGCUGCACAGAUUGAAUAUAAAUGUAAUGAUCCAUUGCAGGCAAAAUUACUAGGAAACUGAAGAAUCAUUUCAAGUGUUGUUGGUUAAAGAACCUCAGGAAGAAAAAGACUUCCUCCUAAGGAGAAAUGACAUUGAAAAAAAUAAAAGAAAGAAAAUACUAAAGCAAUUUUCUUAAAGUAUUUAAAAAUAAAUUUCUUGGUGCUUUCUUGCAUAAUUUUCUGGAAUGGAGUAUCUGAACAUGGAGUUUUUCAGGACGUCAGGUGUUCUGAGCAAUCUUUUCAACAGCACUGCACAAAAACCAUCCUGAGGAAAGCUGGAGACGUAUGAUACUGAGGAGCAAUACCUGCUAGUGCUCCUAAAUGUGCAAUAGCUUUUAUAUGAAAAGUGAACCAUGCCACAGUACAAUAAGUGUUCUUUUCUUAACCAUUGCUUUAUUCCAGUCCUUGGUGGACGCACACAUCUGAACAGAUGGCACACUACCUCUUUUGUGUUUCCUGUCCGUGUUGCCUUGGUGCUCUUCAUAACACAGGGUGCUUGUGGCCUUAGCAGAGAUUGAGUCCCUUUUUACCUUUCAGACUGUAUGUGCUGGUUACAUCAGGAUAUGUUUCUGUUGUGAAGGUACUUAUUUUAAACCAUUGGUCACAUACUUCACGUAAUUGAAAACAUUAUUUAUGUGGAUUUCUUGUUUAAAAUAUUUUUGUGUGUACUAUUUUGGAAAUGGUGUAUAAGACAGCAUAUUGUAUAUGAUGCAUAUAACAUGUUUCUGUUACAGCCAUUGUGAAAAUUGUAAGAACUUCUACCUAAAGUAGUUUUGACUUUUAAAUUCUGUAUUUCAGUUAACAUUGCUAAUGCCAAAGCCAUCUUAAGAUGAUAUAUUCUGUAUAUAUUUUGUAACUUCUGAAAAGAUCCACUAUAAUGUGUCUUCUGAAUGGCUCCUGUUAAAUUAUAAUCAGCAUUUCAUCCUCUUAGAAAUUUUUUUUUUUUUUUGCAAAAUUUAUUAGAUCAUUUUAGGUUUUUGAAAUUAAGCCUAAAAUGCUCAGUGAAGGUGGUUUUUUAAGUAAAAAAGAAGAGUUUUACUAUUAGGAAAAGCACUCUUUAUAUUGAUAUGCCUCUGUCUAUUAUCAAUUCAAAGUGUGCUCAGCAGUACAUGGCAAGGUGAUACUGGACUGUAUUUGAGGGAGCCUGGGAGUGUUCAAAAAACCUGUCUUCACUGCAGUAAACCACACCACCAAAGUAUAAUAAAAUAAGCUUCCAAGCUG